GGCCCCAGUUAGUAUCUGCAGCUAGGUGGGGCUUCCGGCUGGACACUUGCUCACCAUGGACGCUGCUGUUUACAGCAACUGGGGCAGAGGGCUCCAGGAGGGCCCUAAAGCUUCCAGGGGGAAAAGCAAGACUCCAAGACGCCAUGUUUGGGGCCCAGAGAUCCAGCACUAUGCUGACCCAGGAAGCCAUCAACAGCCCAUCUCUGCCACCCCAGGGCCCUGGGGACACUGGGGACCCUGGGGACACAUAUUCCUCAUUGUGUCCCUGGUUCUUGGGGUCAUCGCAGUCCUGUGGGUCCUCUUUCUGAGCAUCUUCUUUGCCAAGGCCCAGUCUGUACAGGCGCAGUUGCAAAUGGUCAGCAGGGAGCUGCAGAAGACCCAGGAGAAGCUUCUGGAUCAGCUGAGCGCCAUGAGAAACCUGAGCGAGCUGGUCUCCUGUGAGCAGUGCCCGAGGUACUGGCUGCCCUUCCAGGCUUCCUGCUACUUUUACUCCCAGAGCCAUGGCAGCUGGAAUGAUGCUCAACAGUCCUGCGUGGAGGCUGGGAGGCACCUGGUGAUCAUCUCAGGCAUGGAUGAACAGAAUUUUAUCGCUCAGUAUGUCGGUGACCAUGGUCACUGGGUGGGACUCAGAGCCAUUCGCCAGGGGAACCAGAUCCAGGGUUACCAGUGGGUGGACGGAGUCCAACUCAGCUUCAGCCACUGGAACAGGAAGGAACCCAAUGACUCUGGUGGGGUGGAAGACUGCAUCAUGAUGCUAAAAACUGGGAUGUGGAAUGACGUGCAGUGUGACGUGAAGGACCUCUGGAUCUGUGAGAAGAGGCGCAGUUGCUGAUCCUGCCCAAUUUCCCGGAGCCAUACCCACCGCCACUCCCACAAGCCCUUGAACAGCUCAGCAUCCUGGCCCCAACUCAUCCCUCUUGUAGAAGUGCUAUGUUUGGACCCUACCUCCCUUCCCUAGUUAGAGUCUGGCUGUUUGGUUUUCUUUUCUUUUUGUCAUAGGCUGGGACACCACCAACAGGAAUUCUGUGAAUUUUCUUCAUGGUUCUAGAGAUCAUGAAUAAAUUAUUAAAAUAGAUAUCUUUGGGGCUGGCUGAUGGAGCACCUGGUUGAGCGCACAUGUUACAAAGCGCAAGGACCCAGGUUCGAGCCCCCAGUCCCCUACCUACAGGUGGGGAAAGCUUUGCAAGUGGUGAAGCAGGGAUGCAGGUGUCUCUCUGUCUCUCUCCUUCUCAAUUUCUGGCUGUUUCUAUCCAAUAGACAAAAUAAAGAUAAUUUUAAAAAACUGUUACAAACUGCAUUCAUUUAAAAAAAAGAAAUAAGAAAAAAUAAUAAAGAUGAUAAAUUUU